UAAAAAACUCCCCACAAACAUUAAACAAUAGGUAGCCGUGGAAAUAGCCAUGAGGUCAAUUCAUCCUCUUAUCUCUUUUCCUAAGAAAUUCAACUCUUUAUGUUGCGACUUGGCAGUAGUGCAGCGUCAAAACCGCCAUAUCCAGCUAUCUCCUUCCGCAUCUUCAUCAAGAAACCCUCAAAAUGAUGAAAACCUGAUUUCUCUUGUCAAAUCGACUACUCAAACACGUCAUCUGCUCCAAAUCCAUGCUCAAACCAUUCGCACUUCUCUAUGUCGUGACCCCAGGGUUUUCUCGGCUUUCUUGACUCGCAUCUCACUUCCGCCCUUUCAAGAUUUGGGUUAUGCUCGGAGGAUGUUUGAUGAAUUCCCGCAACGGAAUGCGUCAUCUUACAAUAUAAUGAUCAGGGCUUAUGCGAUUGGGAACCUGCCCAAGGAAGGCUUAGAGCUGUAUAGGGAAAUGCUUCCCCUGGGCGUAUCUCCAGACUCUUUGUCACUGUCGUUUGCAAUCAAAUGUGCGGUAAAGGUUGGUUCUUUUUAUGAAGGAAUGCAGAUUCACACCCGCGUUCUUAGGUAUGGACAUCAAUCCGACAGUCAUUUGCUCACAUCUUUGAUGGACUUCUACUCAUCUUGUAAGAAGUACAGUGACGCUUACAAAGUGUUUGAUGAAAUGUAUGUAAAGGACACUGUUUCUUGGAACAUGUUGAUAGCUUGCUUCAUGAAAAAUCGCCGCCGUCACGAUGCUUUACACGUAUUCGAUAUGAUGAUGCAGAAUUCAAAUGCGUGCCGACCAGAUGACGUCACCUGUCUGCUAGCACUUCAGGUGUGUGCACAGCUAAACGCGUUGGAGUUUGGGGAAAGAGUUCACAAAUACAUCGUAGAACAUGCUUAUGGAGAUUCAAUGAAUAUAUGUAAUAUGCUUAUAACAAUGUAUUCACGUUGUGGGUGUGCUGAUAAGGCCUACGAGGUGUUCACAAAGAUGCCCAGGAAAGAUGUUGUGUCUUGGAGUGCAAUGAUUUCGGGUUUGGCAAGCAAUGGCUAUGGCAGAGAUGCCAUUGAUGCUUUUAAAGAGAUGCAAGCAGGAGGUAUUGCACCAGAUUGUCACACUUUUACUGGGGUUCUCUCCGCUUGUAGUCACUCUGGUCUUUUAAAUGAAGGACGGAUGUUCUUCGACAGAAUGAGUACACAAUUUAGGAUUAUGCCUAACGUUCAUCACUAUGGGUGUAUGGUUGAUCUCAUGGGCCGAGCAGGUCUACUCCAGGAGGCAUAUGAAUUUAUAAAAUCAAUGAGAAUCAAACCAGAUGCAACAAUGUGGAGGACACUAUUAGCAGCUUGUAAAAUUCAUCGUGCUUCCGCCCUAGGUGAAAGAGUUAUUGAACAUUUGAUUGAGCUGAGGGCCGAAGAAGCCGGAGAUUAUGUGUUGUUGUUGAAUACAUAUAGUUCUUUUGGCGGUCAUUGUGAUGAUAAGGUGGUUUACUUGCGGAAAUUGAUGAAAGAAAAGGGAAUCUAUACAACUCCAGCUUGUAGUACAAUAGAGAUGAAAGGGAAAAUCCAUGAAUUUAUUGCAGACGAUGUUUCACAUCCUAUGAGAGGUGAGAUCUAUGAGAAGUUGGAUGAGAUCAAUAAGCAACUUACAAUUGGUGGAUAUGUGGCUGAAAUAACACCAGAAGUGGAAGAAAAGAGGGUUAGAUCAUCUUUUCACAGCGAGAAGUUGGCGAUUGCUUUUGGCGUGCUGUCAACUUCACCUGGAACUACAAUAAGAGUUGCCAAAGACCUCAGAAUUUGUGUUGACUGCCACAAUUUUGCAAAGGCCCUUUCUGGGGUGUACAACAGGGUGGUAGUUAUUAGAGACCGCACUCGCUUCCAUCACUUUCGUGGAGGCUACUGCUCUUGCAAUGACUACUGGUGAGGUAAAAAUGUAUUUGACACUGUGAGCUGAAGAUUAAGGCUAAUGUGUCUAUAUAUAAUUAUAUACAGUAUGUUUGUAGAAUUAGUACUGCAGAUGGAAUUCAAGACGGAAAAAACAGAUAUAUACUCCCUUCGUUUCAUAUCGGUUCUCAUUUCAGUUAGCACAAAGUAUAUAGUGGUGGUGGGUGGGGAGUAGAGAAACAGGAGAGUAUAAAGGUAAGGUGCUACUACGUAUUUCAAAUCAAAAGCCACUGUAUGUUACUGCUGAAACAGCAUAUGUUUGUUUUUGUUUGCUAGUGUACUUUCGUUUUUGGGCCCUAGAGUAUGUAAGUCCAAUUUCAUAUGUCAAUUCAUGUUAGCCGACCCCAAACUCUUCUGGGACUAAGGCUUAGAUGUUGUUGUGAUGCAACUAGUAUUGUUGAAAAUGUAUCUGAAUUAUUGCAGAAUAUUUCAUAUUACGGAGCAUAAUUUAGAAUCUUUCAUAAUAAGGCAACUGGGAUAAUUAUCACCAAUAUAUAAAUUUAUGAUGUUUGUGUGAUGGAAGUGAUAAGAUUUCUUUGUGUUUUAGCUUGGGUAAGAAUGUAAGAUUAGAGCCUAUGCACAGUUAGUUGUAGAGAUAACAUUUCCCAGGUGAGUGUGUUUUUUGUUACUCCGCUAUUAAAAUGUAUUUUUUUUUAAAUUCAGGUAUCUAAGUCUUGGUGGAGGCCAAAGUCAAUGCAGUCCAUGAAUUCUGGACUGCAGGCUCAAGUUCUGUCCCGGUUUGCUUUUCCAGCAUUCUGCCACCUCACAUCAUACUAUGCCUGUUACUUACAUACUGUUAUUAUUCGGAGCAGGCUGUGGCCUUGAAGGAAAAGAUGUGCAUCGACACAUUGGGAGGGAAUGUGUAUCAUUGGCUAAUCAACUGGGAGUCUUUGCUUAUCUCAUCUCUUUUCCAACCUCUUUUUAUCAACCUUUUGUGCCUUCCUCUACGGGAACGUCACCUCACCAAGAAUGACCAAGAACGAUGGUGGUCAUGUUUAUAUCAUUAUUCCUUUACCGGAUGAGGAGAGUCGUGUUUUAUGCUACGAAUGCCCCAUUUUUCUUCCAGUGAUGUGUGUGGCUUGAGGCCUUUUGCUGGGCCUCAGAAAUGGAAAUAUACUUUUCUUAGGCACAGAUGAUUGAGAAGAGGCCUUUGCAGUCGUGGAUACUCUUGGAUGCCUGUUGUGUUGUAAGAAGAUGUAAAUUCAGUUUUUGCAACAGGACUCUGCUCGCCCUAGUUUCUAUCCUACAGGGGUUGCUUUUAUGGCUAUUUCAAGCUAGACUAUUGUAAAAUUUAAUACCUCGUAUUUAUUUCGGUAAAUUUGUAAGAACAGCACUAUAGAAGUAUAGAUAAUGGAUUUGGCCUACUUCAAUCUGGUCUCUCUGCGGAUCACAGUUUAUGAUGUAAUUACUCAUUUUAAAAUGUCAGCAUUUUUUACGAGCAUUGGGUUAUUC